UUCAUCAUUUAAGACAAUUAAUAAGACCUCCAACAGCCUUUUCAGAGUCAUCAGAGAGAAGGCAUCAUCAUCAACCAUUGAUGAUAGAUAUUUAGUCGAGGAAGAGGCGGUGAUUUACCAGAAAACCAAGAAAAUGGAGGACAAGAAGAAGAAUACAUCAGAGACUAAGGAGGUCACACCCAUCAUUACAACAACAACAACAGUUGUUCAUGUUUCUAACACUCCAAGAAAUGGAUGUUCUUCUUCUCUUGAAGGAGCUCUAAGGGCUAUUCUUAAGUGUCUGGGCUUAGAGACAGCUGCAAAACCUGAGGGCUCUUCUUCAUCAUGUUCAGAAGAGAUUGACAAGAACAAGGUCAUCAAUGAACCACCAAGUUGCCAAGAACAACAAACUUCUUCAAACCCAGGAGGAGGAGGAGAAGCUGCAGCAGAUCCUCCUUCAACAACUGACCCACCACCUGCAGAUCCUCCUUCAACACCAGUUGAAGAUAUUGCAAUACAGAGAAGGCCACCAGUGAACUCCGGAAGUGGGCCUCAGACCAACACCAACAAUUCUUAGACACGCCCCGUCAUCGUCAUCGUCAUCGUCAUCGUUUUAUUGAUGCACUAAUGUCUAUUUGGUUAUGGUUUGGUUGUAUAUAAUCUCUCUCUGAUCUGGUUUGGGUUUUGACAGUUAUUUCGUUGUUGUCUUAUGUUUCUUCCUACUUUCGAGUUAUCAAUGCAUGAAAAUGUACAAUAAAUUAAGACAUCAUGUGCGAUGCUGAAAAUUAAGCUCUGACUUUAAGCCUCAUUAUUUGUUCAUGGA